GGCAGAUUUUGGCUGGUUAUUGCAAGGGGGAAUCGCCUUUUGCAAGCAUGGCCCGUGCAGGGCCGUUGCAGGUCUGCAUUUUAGCAGCCCUGCUGGUGGCGGCGCUCUGUUUAAGCCCCGGGGCUAGGCCUUCCGCCUCCGAAGCGCGGUGCGAAGUGUGUCAAGAUUUCUUGGAAAGGUUUUACAGUUCUUUGAAAGAAAAACACUCUGAUUUCUCCAUGGCUUCUAUAGAGGAGGAAUUAAUUAAGGCUUGCGUGGAGGCCAAAGGCAAAGAACAACGCUUGUGCUAUUACCUGGGAGCCACCGAAGACGCAGCGACCAAGAUCCUCACUGAAGUCAGCCGUCCGAUGAGUGGACACGUCCCUGUGACCAAAAUCUGCGAGAAACUGAAGAAAGUCGAUGUUCAGAUUUGCGAACUCAAACACGAAAGGCAACUGGAUUUAACUUCGGUCGACCUAUCCAAGAUGAGAGUGGCGGAGCUGAAGAAGAUCCUGGAUAGCUGGGGAGAAGUUUGCAGGGCGUGUGCUGAAAAGACCGAUUUUGUGAACCUGAUUAAAGAGGUUGCUCCCAACCACGCAGCUCCUCCGGCUAAAACUGACCUCUGAGGGAUGACGCUUCCCCUCAACGCUUCCCACACGGCCCUUAAGCCCUUAAACUUCCGAAGAAACUGCUACCAGAACUGCAUGGAUCUCGAGGGCUUCUGCAAGGAAAAGCACAGAAAGAAAAUAGUAGAAUCCUUUGCAGUUGGAUGAACUGACUCGAAGAACGGAGGAAGACUGCGGGAGGAGGGCAGGGGAGGUCAAAGUAAGAAAUGCUUUCUCCAGGUUUCAAUCCUGCCUCCACCUUGGGCAGGGGAUCUCUUUGGAUCUCAGAUGGGUGGGGGCCCCUACUUAUUUUUUUUCUCCACCCAUCCCUGCCUGGAAAUGCUGAUCUUGAGGUGUGUGUGUGUGUGUGUGUGUCAGAGGGCACAUUGCAAUGCAAAUCCCCUUCUAUGCAGGUGUUGACAUCACCUGCAUGAAGGGUGGAGCUUCCAUGGUGCCCCUCCAUCUGGCCAGGAUUGUCUCUUCCCAUCAGGUACCCCUGCCAGGACAAGAAACGCCACCUGCUUUGCCUUCCAUGGGAAUGUCCUUUGUGUACCGAGGGGGGCGGGGGGGGGGGAGCAGUCAUCACCACCACGUAAGAGUCCCUUGGACUGGAAGGGGAAACUCGACAGAAUCUUUUAUUAGUUUCUCCCUGCUUCAAAGAGAGAGGGGGAAGAGAGAGAGAAAGAUGAUAGAGGUGACAGACAGACAGACAGACAUAUAGAUGGAUGGAUGAUAGGUAGAUGAUCGGCAGAUAGAGGGAGAAAUAGAGGAUAGGUAUAUGAUAGAUACAGGAUACAGUAUAGA